AUGCCGACGUCAGCAAGCCAGCACGACGACAACGCCUCCGCCAACAAGCUCGCCAACCCGCCGCCCCGGGCAUUUCCCCAGGAGCGCCACACCGCGGCACUAGUGCAGAGAGGAAUGAGACCGAAAGACGUGCUCAGCAGCAAACGCGGAGAUUUUCGGCCGAAGGGAGCUCAAGUUCGCGGCCACCGAUCCUCAUCAGCGAUCUCAUUGCUUCGAGCUCAACCCGUCCCAUUGGAACUUCCGAACGCUCGCGAAAAGACCGCGCGGCCAGAUUCGGAAGCAGGGCCCUGGUCUCUGUGGACUCACCCCAAACUACAGGGCGUCUUUGAGAGAAAGCUACACUGUCCCCUACCACCAUGGACUGAGGCUUUGUCAUUGGUGAAUACUUUUUUCGAGCAAGACCACAUGGCACUGCCUAUCUUCCAUCCACCGGCUUUUAUUGCUCUUCUGGGACAACAGUACUCUGGAGAGUCGGAAAAAAGCCCAGCUUGGUGGACUGCAUUCAAUGCUGUCCUUGCCAUUUCCCACCGACGACGUGUUGAACAAGGUACCUCAACGGAUAAGGAGCUCAUGUGGAGUUAUGCGGCAAAUGCUCUAGAUACUGUCCUCGACAUUCUCCUCAGAGCCACACAACUCAUGUCGGUCCAGGCUCUGCUGACCCUCGCCUGGUUCUUCCUGGGAACCCCUAAUCCGCAACCCAGCUUCAUGCUGGUAGCGAAUGCCAUUCGUCUCGCCCACUCCAUCGGACUACACAGAAAGAACUGCGGCACAUCCCUGAGUCUGCUGGAAAGGACGACAAGAAUUAACGUAUUCUGGCUAGCGUUUUCCCUGGAUAGAGAGCUGAGCCUACGCACAGGCAGACCUCCCGCGCAAGACUUUGGCGACUUUGACGUGGACCUACCUGAUCUUCAGUCGCAGCCUGACUUUAGCAAUAGCAACUCCAUGCCUGCAUCAUCCAAGGUCUUCUCCGCCGGGACCCGGCUCGCGGUCAUUCAGGCGAAGUUGUACUCAGAGAUUUACUUGAGCGAAGGCCUCCAGCCAGAUGAUAUCAAGAGGAAAACCACAGAUCUGCAUCGAGACUUGGAGGAAUGGCGUUCAUCCUUUGGUCUCUGCCCAAAUUUGCAAAGAUACCCUGAGCUAAUAAAGCAAUCUUCAGUUCUGCGUCUUAAUUACACAUACUACCACACAGUCAUCCUGGUUCAUCGAGCUCAAGGCGACGUAGAAUGGAAGAGGUCCAGCAAUUCCGAAAAUCAUCGGACGCCCUCUUCUAAGUCCAUCGAGCGCUCACUUGAAGCCGCAAGGUCAAUAUUGAACAUCGCCUCCUUCGUUCCAGGGACUUGGAGAAGUUUCUUAUGGGACGUUAUUCCGAUAAAUGUGACAGCCAUCAUCGUUCUGUCGCUCCACCUCCGACGUCGACCAGGCAUCUCCACUGCAACAGACGACCUGGACCUCAUUUGUGACGGCGUCAGACGUCUCAUGUCCCUUGAACACGAGGAGACGGAGUCGUACCUGAGACCUGUUACGACAGCUUGCCUGGGCGUCUACAAUGCUGCUAUCAAAGCAGUGAGGUUGCAUGUAAAUGGGCCAGCAGAGAAUCUCGAUAUUGACCCGGAACGAUCCGUAACAGUGCUCAACGGCACUGAGGCUGACUUUGAACGCCGCACAACUAGCCUCAGAAACUCUUGCCAAACAACGCCGCGGAGAGCCACUUCACCUUUCAGAUUUGAGCCGGAACCUGACUUGGUCACAAAUGCGCAGCCCCCUGUCCUCGAUACCAACUUCAUAUCGUGGGAUCAAACAAUGACGGACAGAGAAAUCGUGCCUUGGGAAUUUGAAUAUCUUUUAGGCGACAACAGCUUUGAUCCCCUCGGAUGA